AUGGAAGGUGCAACGGGCGCAGACUCGCAUCCGCCCAAGCCGCUGGACACAAGAAGUGAUACCUCGGCGAGCAAGAAGAAAGACAAGACGCCCGAGGGCGGCUACGAUGCGACUCCCAUACCGCGCGCGCCGCCAGGCUACACGGUCAAGUUCACAUUCCACCAUGCGAACAACCUGCCCCUCGCCGACAUCAACACUCUAUCCGCGGAUCCCUUCAUUCUAGCCGACCUGCAGACGGGCCUCCCGACGAGACACAAGGAAGACCCGCCGCUGACACUGCGCACGCGCACGGUACGGCAGAACACAAAUCCCGUGUGGAACCAGGAAUGGAUAGUCGCAAACGUCCCCGCACAUGGCUUCAGGCUGAAGUGUCGUAUAUACGAUGAGGACCCGGCAGACCACGACGACCGCCUGGGGAACGUGCAUGUCGUUGCGACGUCGGUCAGCGAAGAAUGGCCGGGAAUACACAACGAGACAUACUCGAUCAAGAAGCGCAUGGUCAGUAAGAGGGCGUAUGCGUUGCGUGCUGUCGCUGUCUGUUUCAGAAAGGCCGAGCACAUGCAUGGCACCCUGACCGUCAGCGCCGAGGUGCUGGGCAAGACCCAGGACGAAAAUGGUGGUCGCGCGUACACGAUCGGGCCCCAGUUCUGGAUACGGCACUACUCGCCGCUGCUGGGGCGUCUUCUGGGGCAGAAAGAGCCUAGCUCCGACGAAGACAACGUUUCCUUGAGGACUGGCAAAGCAAGGACAGAGAGGUACAAUUUCCAGUCGAACCAGAUGCAGCUCCGGGGCCCCAUUCCUGAGCACAUGUACCACCGCUUCGUCGAGUUCAAGCCCUUUGUCAAGUCCAUGUUCACUGCCAAGGGCGUUCGCGGCUUCAUUCUAUCCAAGGCCCUGCAUCACCAACACGCGCGCGUGUACAACUUCGACCAAACGACCGAAUACCAGGAAUUCUCGAAGCCGUGUCUGGAGUUUACGCAAAAGUUCCUCGAACUCGUCCACUUUGACCAUGGCGGACGCAUCUUCACCUACGUCCUCACUCUCGACGCACUUUUCCGUUUCACCGAAACAGGCAAGGAAUUCGGCAUCGACAUGCUGUCCAAGCACACUAUGCACAGCGACGUCGCAGCCUACGUCGCCUUCUCGGGCGAGUUCUUCAUCCGCCGCUCCCACCACAACAGCAGCGCGCCCUCAGACGAAGGCAGAAACAACCAGUCCUCCGAAGCCGAUGGCGAUCAAUCCAAAGAAAAGACCCCCAUCAAAGACCCAUCCCACUACGAGCUCAUCAUCGACAACGACAGCGGCACCUACCGUCCCAACGCCAAACUGCUCCCCCAGCUUAAAGCCUUCUUCCAAGCAAACUUCCCCGGCCUGCACAUCCGCACGCUCGACUCCCAAGGCGACGCAGAGAAGAUGAAGAAGAUGAAGGACGAGCAGCGCGAGCGCAAGAAGCGCGAGGGCAACCAAGUCGUCUACACGCAGGUUUCGCGCAGCAGCAGCGUGAGCAGCAGUGACGAGGAGGAUCUGGAUCGCCUAGCAAGUGGCGGCGAAUUGUCCGAGAACCAUUUGAGACAUGUGAUGCAAAGAGAAGCUGCGACGAAAGCGAACGCCGCGAAAGAUAAUUUCAAGGGAAUGGGUUCCAUGGGCCACCGUAGUGAGUAG